GGACAGCGGAGAAAGAGUCUGGGGCGCGCGUGCGCAGCGGCGUGGGGAGGAGCGGGGAGGAGCGGGGACCUGGCCGCGGACUGGGAGGCUGCGAGGAGGAGCGAGCCGCGGGCCGGGCGGGCGGCGGGCGCGCGCACCAUGGGGGAGAAGCCCGGCACCAGGGUCUUCAAGAAGUCCAGCCCUAACUGCAAGCUCACUGUGUACUUGGGCAAGCGGGACUUUGUAGACCACCUGGACAAAGUGGAUCCUGUAGAUGGCGUGGUGCUUGUGGACCCCGACUACCUGAAGGACCGCAAAGUGUUUGUGACCCUCACCUGCGCCUUCCGCUACGGCCGCGAGGACCUGGACGUGCUGGGCCUGUCCUUCCGCAAAGACCUGUUCAUCGCCACCUACCAGGCCUUCCCCCCGACGGCCAGCCCGCCCCGGCCCCCCACCCGCCUGCAGGACCGGCUGCUGAGGAAGCUGGGCCAGCAUGCCCACCCCUUUUUUUUCACAAUACCCCAGAACCUGCCCUGCUCCGUCACCCUGCAGCCGGGCCCGGAGGACACAGGGAAGGCCUGUGGGGUAGACUUUGAGAUCCGAGCCUUCUGUGCCAAAUCGCUAGAAGAGAAAAGCCAUAAAAGGAACUCUGUGCGGCUGGUGAUCCGAAAGGUGCAGUUCGCCCCAGAGAAACCCGGCCCCCAGCCUUCAGCUGAAACCACACGCCACUUCCUCAUGUCCGACCGGUCCCUGCACCUUGAGGCUUCCCUGGACAAGGAGCUGUACUACCACGGGGAGCCCCUCAGCGUCAACGUUCACGUCACCAACAACUCCACCAAGACUAUCAAGAAGAUCAAAGUCUCUGUGAGACAGUAUGCUGACAUCUGCCUCUUCAGCACUGCCCAGUACAAGUGCCCCGUGGCUCAGAUCGAACAAGACGACCAGGUGUCUCCCAGCUCCACGUUCUGCAAGGUGUACACGGUCACCCCGCUGCUCAGCAACAACCGGGAGAAGCGCGGCCUGGCCCUGGACGGGAAGCUCAAGCACGAGGACACCAACCUGGCCUCCAGCACCAUCGUGAAGGAGGGUGCCAACAAGGAGGUGCUGGGGAUCCUGGUGUCGUACAGGGUCAAGGUGAAGCUGGUGGUGGCCCGCGGUGGGGACGUCUCAGUGGAGCUGCCUUUUGUUCUUAUGCACCCCAAGCCCCAUGACCACGUCAGCCCCCCCAGACCCCAGUCAGCGACUCCUGAAACAGAUGUCCCUGUGGACACCAACCUCAUUGAAUUUGAUACCAAUCCCAUUGCCGCUCUAACACCCCGGUCUGCAGGCGGAGGGUGGGAAGCUGAGCAGAGGGUCCGAAGCCCUCGCCUCAACCCCCCCUUUCCGCCUCCAAGCUACGCCACAGAUGACGACAUCGUGUUUGAGGACUUCGCCCGGCUUCGGCUGAAGGGGAUGAAGGACGAGGACUACGAAGACCAGUUCUGCUAGGAAGGGGUGCUGGAAGAAGGGGGUGGAUGGUGCUGGGAGGGGGAGGGGCAGGACCAAGACCCCCCCCCGCCCCCACUGCCACUGGGGUGGGUCCCUGCCCCUUUUCCCUUCCCCUCCUUCCAGCUUCCUCAACCAACCCCUCCCCUCCCCUCUCCCUCUCCUGUCCCAGCCCCUCCCCCCGUACGCACUGGACCCAUCUCCUGUUGAACAUGGGCAUUAAUUCUUCGACUACAGCUGUGCUGCCCCACCCCCCCCACCCCCCCAGCGGGUGGCAAGCUGUGUUCAGACCUAAAAUUGUUGGAGGGGGGGGAUGCUGAAAUGAGGAGUGAUAGUAGGAAAAGGGGGAAGGCACAACUGCACACUCAACCUCAUGCCCUCUCGUCACCGUCUGCCUCCCACUCCUUCAAGCUGAGACCCUUUGCAGGGGGCAAAGCCACUUCUCUGUUUCUGAGCAUAAAGAAUAAACCUUUUCAUAGGC